UCUCCAAAUUCACAGGUUGCUCGGACAGCUGUAGAAGAACUGUACUUGUGAUGUUUUAUGUUUGAACGAUGGCAAUGAACGACAGUGUUAAUAUCUUGAACUCUGCUUAUCUGGCAGUAGAAUAUAUAGACUCUUUCUUGCCUGACAAUCCCCUGCAGCAGCCAUUUAAAAAUGCCUGGAAUUACAUGCUGGAUAACUACACGAAGUUCCAAAUUGCAACUUGGGGAUCACUUCUAGUUCAUGAAGUUUCAUACUUCUUGCUCUGUUUGCCUGGAUUUAUUUUUCAGUUUAUACCCUACAUGCAAAAAUAUAAAAUUCAGCAGGAUAAACCAGAAACAUGGGAAAAGCAGUGGAAGUGUUUCAAAACGCUUCUCUUCAAUCACUUCUUCAUUCAGCUUCCUCUGAUUUGUGGCACCUAUUACUUCACAGAAUAUUUUAACAUCCCCUAUGAGUGGGAAGCGAUGCCUAGAUGGUAUGUUCUGGUUGCCCAGUGUUUUGGAUGUGCAGUGAUUGAGGAUGCCUGGCACUAUUUCCUGCACAGACUGCUGCAUCACAAGAGAAUAUACAAGUAUAUCCAUAAGGUUCACCAUGAGUUUGUUUCUCCAUUUGGAAUGCAAGCAGAAUAUGCACAUCCUCUGGAAACACUUAUCCUUGGAGCUGGUUUUUUUAUUGGAAUUGUUGUUUUCUGUAACCAUGUGGUUCUUCUGUGGGCAUGGGUGAUAUGUCGCUUGAUGGAAACCAUUGAUGUACACAGUGGCUAUGAUGUUCCACUGAACCCUCUUCAUUUGGUGCCUUUCUAUGCUGGUGCUCGUUUUCAUGACUUCCAUCACAUGAACUUCAUUGGCAAUUAUGCUUCAACCUUCACGUGGUGGGACAGAAUCUUUGGUACAGACUCUCAAUUCAUUGCCUAUAAAGAAAAAGAGAAGAAGCAACAACUCACAAUGAAGAAGAAGGCUAACUAAAUUUCCAGUGUAAAAAUUGUGAUGGUAAUAGCAGUCAGUUUUUGCUUUUCUGUAAAGCAAAAUAAUGAUUGGAUGUUAAGCAGAAAUCUUGUUCCUUGGCUACUAAGUGGUAGGAAAAACCAGCUAAUUACACUGCAGUAUCUUCCUAAUGGGAAUGCUUUCUAUUUUGUAUGUAAGUACUGCGUAUAUUUUAACUACAGAUUUAAAGAUGAUGCAAAAAAAAAUAAAACACAAAAAAACAAAGACAAAACCUGGGAUGAGUUGUAUGUAUCUUUUUUUAAAAAAAAGAAAUACUUAAAAAAUAAAUAAAUAAAUUCAAUUUUAUCUUUGAUGUUGCCCACUUUGGAUCUAGGUAGGAUUAUAUAUCUACACUGAAAUUGGACUUGGGUUUUGUAAAGUAUAUAUUCUUAAAUUUGUAAUAUCAAAUAGAAGAGCAUAUUAACUAGUAUCAGCACUGUAUUAUUUAAAUAUUGGGUAAAAGUUGCUUAAAACCAAAACAUCUGUUAAUGGGAAGCUUGGACAGGCCUUUUGCACACUGGAUAAUGCAAACUGUUAAUAACAGAACUCCUGGCUAACAUGAGUUAGCACAGACAUUCCUGGUAUAGAUUUAUUAUGUUAUUUUAAAUGACAGAUAAAAAGAAUAGAAGGUUUUAUUUGAAGAAACUUUUUUGCUGCUCUUUUGAAGUUGGUCUGUCAGUGUACUUGGCAUUUACAUUACAUUCCUCUGUUGUAAUUUGCUGAACUGACUUGUUGCUAUAUUUGCACUUGUGACUGAUGAAAUAAAUGUGGUUUGGUUUGAUGUGUGUCUCUAUACCUUUCAUGUGU